AUGUCGCUGACAAGAGAACAAGUCAAGAUCAUCAAGUCCACUGUGCCCGUUCUCAAAAAACAUGGCAUAGAUGUCACGGAGCUCUUCUACAAAAACGUCCUCGAAGAACAUCCCGAUCUGAACAAUGUCUUCAACCAGACGAAUCAAGUCAAUCACCACCAAGCGGGAGCUCUUGCGGGCGCACUGUACGCAUAUGCUGCGCACAUCGAUGAUCUGGGCGUACUCAGCCCGACGAUGGAGAGAAUCAGCCAAAAGCAUGCAUCCCUGUACAUCCAACCAGAGCACUAUGCAGUCGUUGGUGAAGGCCUUCUUCGCGCCUUUGGAAAUGUCCUGGGAGAGGCGUUUACUCCUGCCAUACAAGACGCUUGGAAUUCAGCAUACUGGCAGUUGGCCAAUCUCAUGAUCAACCGCGAGACUCAACUCUACUCCGAAUCCGGAAACUGGACCGACUGGCGGGACUUCAGCAUCGUCGACAAAGUCAAGGAAAGUAAGGAAAUCACCUCCAUCUAUCUCGAACCUGUCGACCAUGAGACGCUCCCAGAAUAUCUACCUGGUCAGUACAUCUCCCUCAUGACCGACGUGCCACACUUUGGAUACAUGCAGUCCAGGCAAUACUCCCUCUCCGAUGCUCCCCGAUCCGGCCGGUAUCGUAUUUCUGUGAAAAGGGCAAUUGGUCUUGAUCCCCACCACCCUGAAGCGCGCAAGAGUCCGAGCUGGGUGUCCAAUAUUCUUCACGACGAAAAACAGAUUGGAGAUGUUGUUAAAGUCUCUCACCCUGCUGGCGACUUCUUUCACGAUCCGGUCGAGGACUGCAGGAUCCCGAUUGUCCUCCUUUCCGCUGGAGUGGGUAUCACGCCCAUGAUUUCCAUCCUCAACACUAUCCUGGAGCACGGUUCAACACAGCCAGUCAGCUUCAUUCACGGCGCACGGGACACUUCGACACAAGCAUUUGGACGUUAUGUCAAGGAACAAGCUGCGAUGCAUGAGAAUGUCAAAGCAACGCUCUUCGUGAAGAAUGUGAGCGUCAACGACGUUGCGGGUUGCGACUACGACUACGUUGGAAGACUGAAUCUGUCGGAACUGAUCCAGAAGCAAGGCCGUGCUCUGUAUCUGGAAGAUGCGAAAACGAAGUACUUUGUCUGCGGGCCGUCAACAUUCAUGAGCGAAAUCCGACGCGGGCUGCUGGAAGUCGGAGUCGAGGAUAGCAGGAUCAAGAUGGAGGUCUUUGGUACUGGAGAUUUGCAAUAG